AUGAAGCAGAUUUUCACUAUUUUAAUCCUUGUUUUUUUACCAAUAUAUACUGAACAAAUAUCAACUAUAAUUAAAGAUCCAUUUGAAUAUUUUAAGAAACUUACACGAGAUAUACAAAUUCAUCCACAAUGUGAUCGUAUACCACCAUUUAAAAUUCAAUUAGAUUCAUCAUUUUUUGAUAUCGAUUUAAGACAAUGGGAUCGAAAGAAAAAUCCACCACCAAUACAUCGUUCACUUGAAGCUUUUGUUCAAUUGGAUACAUUAAGACAAAGUACUUAUUUUAGUCAUAUUCUUCAAAGCAAUAGUCAAGCAAAUGUACCAGGAAUUCUCUAUUUCUAUCUUUCUGCUGCUGCUCAACUUCAUAUUCUUAAACAAUUAAGUCUUAUUCAAGGAAAAUCUCUUGAUACAAUUCAAACAGUUCGUUAUGCAUUUGAUUCUAAUGAAGUAUUUCGUGUACCAUGGUAUAAAAUUGGUGGGAGUUUUAUUAAUUUUGAACGACCAUUUGGUAUUUAUGCAUUUUCAAUUGAUUCUCCUGAACAUAUAUCAGUAAAUGAUAUUGGUGUUGGACCAUUUACAACAAAUGAUUAUACAUUAAGAUUUUUUGAACAUUUUAAUCAUGUUUAUAAUAAUCCAAUAAAAAUAUUUCGUAAUUAUGAUGAAUAUUUUCAUGCAUUAAUACAAACAUGGUUAACACGUUUAAGAUCUGAUCAAGAUGAUUUAGCUGAUUGGGGUAAAGAAACAAAAGAAUAUAAUGAUCUUUUAAAACAUGGAACAUAUUUUCCAUUACCUUAUCGAUCAAUACCAAAACCUUUAAGAAGUGAUAUAACGCAUAAACAAUCUGAAUUUAAUCCUGUUUUUCCAUAUGCUGAUCUUGUUUAUGAUUAUUAUCGUGAUCCAAAUUAUUAUCGAUAUGCUCGAGGAUGGUUUCUAAAUCAAACACAAGUUGAAUCAAAUCAAUAUAUGUUAACAUAUGAUAUAUUACCUGAUCGUAUGCAACGAAAUUUUCUUUUACCAAUGUUUGAAAAGAAUCGUUGGACAGGACCUUAUAUAUAUUGUCCAUUAAAUUCAUAUGAAUGGCUUGUUUCAUCUAUUCAACCAAUUUGGGCAACAAAUCAUUUUAAUUAUAAAAAUCGAGCUAGUUUUCAAAAUAAUCGUCGUUAUAAUUAUGCUGGUGUUACAAAUGUCGAACUUGCAUAUACGCAACUUGAUGUUAAUCAAUGUCCUGGUGAACAUAUACGAAAUGUUUAUGCUAAUUCAGCUGUAUGUGAUCGUAAUGCUUUUUGCGAACCAAUUGCUGGUUUUAGUUUACAAAGUGGUGGUUAUCAAUGUUCAUGUCAUCCAAAUUUUCGUUAUCCAUCAUAUGUACAUAUACCAUAUCGACCUGCAUUUGAUAAAUAUUCAUCAAAAUCUAUACCUCAUUGUCAACCAAUACGUCUUUUAACACAAUAUCCAACAUGGCAUGUUGAAAGAUCUAAACGACAUCAAUAUCGUCGUUCUAUUUCACGACCAAAUCAAUUUGAAAAACUUCGUUCACUAAUUUUUCAUCGUCCAUCAACAUGUCCACCAUGGUCACAUAUAGCUAUGUUACCUGUUGAACAAAAUGAUGAUGAUAAUAUACGUUUUGUUAAUGAUUUAACACGACAUAUUGAUCGUAUUGCUCAUCCAUUUACAUUACAAGCUAUACGUCUUGCUCAUUUAUUUUCAAGUUAUUUAGCAUUAUAUAGACCUGAUCGAGAUCCAGCAAAUGAUGGUUUUAUUGAUCGUCGAUCAGAUCCUCCAAUUAGUGAACAAUGGCUUGAAUCAGAAAUAAUGAGUAUAGGUUUAACUUAUACACAAUUAUUAGAAGUAAGUAUUUAUUUAAAUGGUUCUGAAUAUGAACGACAAAAUCCAUUUCAACAACGAAAUGAAUUAUACGAAGGAAAAAAUGAAUUUGGUUAUAGAACAAGUGUUUUUCGACAUAUGAAUUAUGGUUUAUCAUUUAUACGUUUUGAUAAUGAUGAUAAUAAAUAUAUUCUUAAUCGAACAUUAGAUGGAAGUUAUUUAAAUGAAGGUGGAUGGUAUGAUAAAGCUAUGCAAAUGAGAACAAAUAUUAAAACAACACGAUAUAGUAUAUCAAUGACAAUGCGAAGAGAUUUAUUGGGUACACAAUUAAUUAAAUUGCCGACUUUGUUAUAUGAUGCACCAACAACUGGUGUAUGGUUUGGUCCUUAUCAUGAUUGUUCAUUUACAAAUCCAACACCAAAAAGUAUGGUUCGUUGGCGUUAUUCUGUACCUAUAUUUAAAGAAGUAGGUCGUUUACCAAUUGGUUUUGUAUCAAUUGUUUUUGGUUCGAAUCUUCGUUGGUAUGCAAUAAAUCCAUGUGAUAAUACAAUUGGAAUUAAUGCUUAUAAUUCAUUUCAAAGUUUACAUAAAUGUCAUCGUGAAACAACAGAAUGUCAAUAUCAAAUAAUUCCAGAUGAAGAAACAGGUUUUGAUUUAGCUAGUUAUCGAUGUGUAUGUAAAAUUGGUUAUGAAUAUCCAUUUAAUUCAAUAAAAAAUUAUUUUGAAGGUGCUAGUAUUGAACGUGAGUAUACAAAAAUGUUACGUGGUGAAAUAAAUGCUUAUGAAAAUAUGCAAUGUCGUCCAAUCGAUCAACAAUUAGAACCUAGAUAUUAUACGUCAGAUAGUAUGGCUUCAGAAGAAUAUACUAUUGAUAUUGUACCAUUAUCACCUGAACAUCGUCAAUCAGUUAUUAAUCUUCUAAUGAGUUCAUUUUUUAUACAAGAACCACUCAAUGAUAUGCUCAAAUUUGAAAUUCCUCAUGAACCAUUAUCAUGGACUGAUAGUAUGGUUGAUAUUGCACUUGCUGAUCAAUGUUCAUUUGUUGCCGUAGAUGCAGCAAAUCCUCAUAAAGAAAUUGUUGGUGUUAUACUUAAUGGUAUUUCAAAUAGUGCAAAACAAGAAGAAAUACCUGUUUUGGAGUCUGAAAAAUUAAAAUUUAUUUUUUCAUUAAUGGAUCAAGUAAUGGAAGGUUAUGAUCUAUUUAAAUUAUAUAAAACUGAUCGUAUUUUUCAUUGUGAUGUUAUUAAUGUUGAUGAAAAACAACGUGGUCAAAAUUUAAGUACUCGUUUAAUAUCUAAAUCACUUGAUAAAGCUCGACAAUUAGGUGUUAAAGCUGCAUAUGUUGUUUGUACAAGUGUAUUUUCACGAAAAGCUUUUAUGCGUCAUGGUUUUCAAAUUAUUAAUGAGCUUUUAUAUUCUAAACAUGGAGAUACACGUUUAUUAAAUAUGGGUAUACAUGAUCGAUGUACUCUAUUAGGAAGACAGUUGUGA